GCCUUCUUUUUCACUAUACUGGGAGGAAAAACCCGUAAUAGAUAAGUACAACGUAGAUGCCUUAGAUGAUAUUGAAAAGUAUGUGGUGGACGUGUUUGAAGAGUGUUGGGGCCGAACUCUUCACUUGGAUACUAAAAGAUUCUUAGGAAACCCCCAGUCAACUUCAGUCUGAACUAGAGACCAUGGAGACGAAGUAUGUGGCAAUGAAACAACUGCGCCAAACCAAGAAGAUGGUUGUGGCUCGAGCUAUUCAGGAAAAAGAAGCCGGGGGUACUUUUGUCCGACCUUCCCCGAAGAAGAUGGAUUCAGGUUCUUCAACCCAAAAGAAAGUCAUCCCCACCCCUUCUGUUCAAUUCAUUUCCCCUGAUUCUCUAUCAAAGAGUGCGGCAGUCCCUGCUUCUCCUUCAUCUUCAAAGCCUCCUCUAAAAAGGCAAAAGAUUGCUAGAGAUGAGCAUUUAUAAUACAGGGUUCGACGAGAUUGCUUGGAGUGAGAAAAGCAUCUUUUUCCAUAGCCACAUUAGAAUGGACGAUGCGGCUAUUCAGAACCAUCUCUAGCUUAUGACCCAAAAUGGAAUUCGGAUAGAUAGGGUAUGUACAUCCUUGGUCAAGGAGCUGUAGAAGAGUCCCCUAAGUGCCACCCAUAGCUCUUUGGUGGCUAUCCGAGCUGAGGUGGAAAGGCUUAAAGAGAUAAAGAAGGAGUUGGAGGAGAAAAAAGAUGGGUUGACUUCUGACUUAGAGAAAGCUUGGUCUCGGGUAAAGAAGGCAGAAGUAGCUGCAGCCAUGGCGGAGGGGAUAAAGAAGAAAGCAGAGAAAAGUUAUACUCGUGUUUAUGGGGAAAAAAUUGACCUUCAGGAGAAGUUAAAAAAUCCCAGAGAGGAAUAUGCUGCUCUUCAAGAGUCUGUGGUCGAGGGGAUGGACAAAAUGUUUAACAAUCUGAAAGCUCAAGUCCAGGUCCUUACCCCCGGGGUCGAUCUUUCCUUGUUCAGCCAAGACAACAUAGUGGUUGAUGGAAAGAUCGUCCCGACCGCUGAGGACGAGGAGAAGGAUCCUUUGCCCGACCCGAAAUCUUCAGGAGCGCAAGGCGGUCAAGCUUCUCAAACCCCCGAGGUCCAGCCCGAGAUCGUUAAUGUUAAACUCUCUCCUUCGCCUCCUGGUGCUAUCCUGGCUGUACUGGUCUCUGUUCAUCCUCCGACCCCUCCUGCCCGAGGUCAAGACGUCGUGACGAGGGAGGGUCUUAACCCUCUUUUUGGCCCAUCUUUGUUGUUUUUUGUGGUUUUUCUUUUUGUUGAAUGGCCCGACUUAUGGGCUUUUGGCAAACAAUUUAUUUUGUAAUAAUGGGUAGU